AUGCUCGUUCGUCACCUGCUCACUCUCAUCCAACAUCACCACUCCAAGUCUCUCCAAAUCAGUGAAGGAACCAGGUAUCAAAGUAAGCAACCAAGGCAGCAGUCACUCUUCUCGGCUCUCCCCACCCCCAAAUCACCUCAUGGACCAUCUCGGACCUCAAAGUACGAUUUCACGCCACUGAACGACCGCAUACUGCCCCCUCCCUGUCUCCACAUUGCGAGCAUGCCGGCGCUCUGCCCCUCUCUUCUCUCAGAUUCAUGGCCUCUCCCACCCCUACUCGUCCCAUCGAACGAAACAGCAGCCGUCACGCCUCUCUAUUCGCCAUCACCAUUCCCCCUCCCCUGCUCCGGGCUCCAUCACAGCGAGGCAGGAGACGCUGGACACGCACAACCGCGCCCCUACCCUCUCUCCCCUUUCCAGUCCAACACCUCAGAUCUGUGGCUGACUGUUUCUGCGUGCCAUGUCACUCUGCCCACCAUUCUUUCUGGUUACCUCGCUAAUCAAAUUCUUUUGUAA